UCUGUAGAGUCAAAAGCUUGUACACGUAGUUUGGCGCUUGGCAUUCGCAUUCGACUGUUGGCGUUUUUAGUCUGCUGCCUGAUCUUCGACGCGUUGCAGCUGUUUUGGAGUCGCCGCGAGUGCCAUAUAGAUAUUUGCUUUGACCGCGAAAAUUUCUGGGCCAAAAGAAAAAUAUUUCCCAGUCAUUUGUGAGUGCAACAAACUGUGAGUGAUGGUGGAGACGGCGACGACAACUACUAUAACCCGAACCACGACUGCCGUUCCGGCUGGUUCAGUAACGGUAACUGGACCCACAGCCGCCUCGACCACGCCCACCGCCACCCAGGCGGCCGCGCAGGCGCAUCGCAAUGACGAGACCACCCGGGCCAUCUUCAAUCUGAAAGUCAUCGUCUUCCUGCUCCUGCUGCCACUGGUCUUGCUGGCCGUCUUCCUGAAGCACCUGUUGGAUUACCUAUUCUCUCUGGGCCUCAAGGAGAAGGAUGUCAGCGGCAAGGUGGCGCUGGUCACCGGAGGAGGCAGCGGCCUGGGUCGCGAAAUCUGUCUGGAACUGGCCCGUCGUGGCUGCAAGUUGGCCGUCGUGGACGUCAACUCCAAAGGAUGCUACGAAACGGUGGAGCUGCUGUCAAAGAUCCCACGUUGUGUGGCCAAGGCCUAUAAGAACGACGUAUCCUCGCCUCGCGAACUGCAGCUAAUGGCCGCCAAGGUGGAAAAGGAGCUGGGCCCCGUGGAUAUUCUGGUCAACAACGCCUCCCUCAUGCCCAUGACCUCUACACCCACCUUGAAAAGCGAUGAGAUCGACACCAUCCUGCAGCUCAAUCUGGGUUCUUAUAUAAUGACCACGAAGGAGUUCCUGCCGAAGAUGAUAACCCGCAAAUCCGGUCACCUGGUAGCUGUGAAUGCCUUGGCGGGACUGGUACCACUGCCAGGAGCGGGAAUCUACACGGCCACCAAAUAUGGAAUCAUGGGCUUCAUGGAGUCACUGCGCGCUGAACUGCGAUUGUCCGAUUGCGACUAUGUUCGCACCACGGUGGCCAAUGCCUACCUGAUGCGAACCAGCGGGGAUCUGCCGCUGCUCAGCGAUGCGGGCAUAGCGAAAAGCUAUCCCGGACUGCCUACGCCAUAUGUGGCUGAGAAGAUUGUCAAGGGCAUGCUUCUCAACGAGCGCAUGGUGUACGUGCCAAAAAUAUUCGCACUCAGUGUAUGGCUGCUCAGACUGCUGCCCACCAAGUGGCAGGAUUACAUGCUGCUCCGCUUCUACCACUUCGAUGUGCGCAGCUCCCACCUGUUUUACUGGAAAUAGAAAAAAAUUAUCGGCAUUUGAAGGAGGAGAGGAGGAUUAGGAGUUUUCCCACCCAGCAGCAUUUACGCGGAGAGCUCUUGUUUGUUUCCCAUUCUGCAGUUCUUAAUUCAACUGUUGCUUACGCUAGGUGUACAUGUUUAGCUAUUUAUACGAAACUUUAACUUAAAUUAAAUCUAUAUCCUAACAUUAGA